AUGAUCGAGGAAGCAACAUCUGAUCUACAAGAGCAUCUACAAGACUUUGAGGAAAGGUUGCAAUCGGUUGAUCAGCACGGGGGUCCUGUUCAAGAGUCUGAUACUUUUAACUUACGAGACACAAGGGAGGAGAAGGACAGCACUGAGCAAUGCCUGACAAUAUGUACACAUGUUGCGCAAGUCAUUGCACACCUCCAGAAACAGCUUCCGCAACUCCAUUUUAAGGGUGGAAAUCCAUCUAUACAGUUUGGUUCUAGCAAUGAUGAUAUAUCCGGUCAAUCCCAGGACCUGACCAACGCUUUGCUCACUGACUUUAGCACAAGAGUCUCAUCAAACUCGGCGGCACUCCAGGGCCGUCUGAUGGAGCUGACAAAUCGACUGAGACAAAUGUCGGAACAGGGCAUAGUGUCCAAGGAUCCCACGAACCUGAAUCUCAUUAAGGAGGAGAGGGAAAAGGCCUCCGAAUUGGCACACAGAGCCCACACAAAUAUCUUUGAGAACGUGACAGCAUUAGACGAGUCACAUCAGCUCGUGGUAUAUACCAUUGGAGAUCUAAUUUCCGCCAAGCAUAUCAUCACUGGCUCGAAAUCGGCGCAGUGGUUGGGCCAAAUGUCAGACACUUCGCUACGGCAAUUGUCUCGGGACUUCCGUGGACAGGUCGGGAUAGGGGAAGAGCCACCCACGCGGGCGGAGAAAAAUGAAUUCAAUACCCGGUACGGGUCUGGUCAGCUGCUCGGGGAAGACUCUCCAAGGCGCCGAACAUCUCCCAGCGACAAACGUUAA